AUGCCCCAGCUGCUCACUCGUGAAUGUGCAAACGGCUGGCGACGAAACUCCACAUCUCCCUGCGCGUUCGGCAUGCAACACUACAGUUACUCUCCCAUGUCUGAAGGAAACCGCCCCCGAAUAAGAAUUAUCGUGCGCGCCAAGCAAACUUCGCGCAUUCUCCAGUCAACUGGACUGCCUGGCGACAAUCAAGCCACCCUUAUCGAAAAUCACGAGCCUACCGACUGUGAAAUGCCGAAUUUUGAAAACGGGCUCAACUGUGACAAGGACGAAGUUACCCUCGUUGAGAAAAUCGAUUCUCACGCAAUGCCAGCCCAACUCAGAAGCCGCGGACCUGGACAAACGUCGAACGCUGGGAGUCAGUCCAAAUCAUGUCUUGAAACUGAGAGCCAAGAGAUCAAUGCAGCAAUCACGGCAUCGCUGCAGAGUUGGGUGGAAAAAUACGUGGAAGACCGUCUCACUGCGGAGCGAACCAAGCGCGACCAAGAAGUCGAGUUCUUGAAAGAGCAACUUUCAAAGAGCGAGGAGAGAGAAAGAAGGAAUGCAGAAAAAAGUACGGAUGACACCAUCAAAGGCAAAUGGCAGACCAUGGGUUACAACAUCCGAAACAUUGUCUACAUGAUGCGCGGCUACAACCUCAAGGACGAGCGGUCAGUCGUGUUGGCGUUGCAAGUGAGACUCCCCGAAGCAUCAUUCGACAACGCACCUGAAGACGCCAAGAGAGAUGCAUUUGAACAAUUCAUGGGGGCAUACAUUUGGCACUUCGUCUACAUCGACAUCCUCUCAGGCGGAGGCUGUCAGUGGAGAAGCAAUGUCGUCAAUCUCGUCCAAGCAGCGAAGCGGGACAUUAUAAGCAAUGAGGAAGAUCCACAGAGGAGAGCCGGACUCGCUUCUUGGUUCUCAGAAGGGGGGAAAGAAACUGCAGCCCAGGUCAACCCAGAAUUACAACAGACAAUGAUCGACUUGUUUACGGAUUCACUCUUGUGGGUGUUUCAGACGUACCAAAGCGAGGAGAAUAUAGAACAAGCAAAGUCUCUUAUCUCUGAGAUAGUUCAGGAUGCAACAGAGCUCGCGAUCAUGUUCAUGUCUUCCAAGGCUCUGCUCAUCCCACACUGGCCGUUCUACGGUCAACAUGGAAGGUCUUGGAACAUCGAAGAGUUCGACACGCAUACGCUGACAUUCAAUGGGACUCAUAAUUGGCGUAUGGUCGUAAGGCCUGCUUUGGAAAAGUAUGGAAAUGCUGACGGAGAGAAGCACGAUGUUUCCAGAGUGUUGUGCAAGCCUGUGAUGCUCCAAAUCUGCAGAAAUGGCUGA